ACGACACUGAAACAGGUAGACAAGAAUGAGGUGGGAGUGAAGGGGGAUGUGGAGCAGUUAGAAUCUAGUGUAGAAGCGGAAUCAAUUUUGGAAGACCAUAAGACAUAUGAUGUUGAAGGUGCUGAUGAAGUGCAACGCAACAUUGAUGAAGCUGAAGUUGAGGAAGUAACGCCUCAUGAGCAGAUCAAUGUUCCUGAAGACGCGCAGUCAUCGAGGUCUUCAAGAACAUACGAAGGGGAAGAUCAACAUUCGUAUUGGUUGGGUUACAAUGGAUAUGUUGCAUACGACUACUUCAGGUGUGUGCAACACGUCAACAUGAAAAUGCAGCCACAGUGGCAGUGGUUUUUCCGUCAAACACGUUGGCCUUUCCGAUUCGCUCCACAGCAGAAUGUUGAUGUGUCUGCGCAUGAGAAUCGGAUCCCGCCAUGGCGAGCGAGUGUCGGGCGUCUGCUUUCGGAUGUCUGCAAUUUUUGUGCGAGAAAUCGCCAAAUGCAAAAUCUCAUUCUUCUCGAUCCCUUGGCACUGUCACCACUUUCGCCACUGCUAAAUCUGAUGCGGCUCUCCGUGGAAACAAAAGCCCAUCUGAUUGGUGUUCUGUGGAUGACCCUAUUUAAUGCUCUUUCUCCCUUUCACCACGUCCCUAUUCCACGUCAAGAGGUGGCUACUGGGGCAGAGAUGGAGCAUCCCUUUCCACGACCACUUUAUCUGCGAUUGCUCACUCUGACAGCCUUUCUGUCCAAUUGGCUUGCCUGGUUCUCUCGAAUCGAGACCUAUUCGUCCCUUGGCACGUCUCGUCCUCCACCAGCAGCUGUGUCCGACCCAGUGGCAGGAUGCGUGUUGCGACCAUACACUUUGGGUUGCGGUCAGUCUCCCCUUUUCGAUCUCUGGCCGCUUUGA